UAACAAAAAUGUCACCGAUGCAGAGUUUCAUAAAUCACGAGUCAGUCAAGAAUAUCUUAUCACUUAAUGACGAAACUUAUUUUGUUGUAGUACAAUAAUCAGUUGAAGUGUUGAGUGCGUUUAAACUCUCAGUAUAUCAGUGUCUAAUGGAGAAGAUCGAAUGAUUAUUUGUUCUCCCUAGAGGGUUAAAUAUUCUCUGAAGAAAAUGGGCUCUGAGGAAACGAGUAAGAUGUCAGAAAAAACCAUAAACAGCAAUAAUCAUACAUCAGAUGCGAAAGACAAAAAGUAUAAUGGUACCAAAAUGCUACAACCUCCAAGAAAAGUUUAUACUCAAAGGAAUUCGGUUUUGACAGACUUGAUGGAAGUCAACCAUUUGCAAUCAGUUUACAAUAUUAUGGUGGCAACUUUUGGCUUGCUUCUUCUUUAUUCUAUCCUGUAUUAUAUAGCUGCACCAGACGUCUUUUGGGCAGACAUAGAAAUAAUGAAAUGGGCAACAUCUAAGGGUUUUAUUCUCAUCAAAUCUUGGUUGUUGUGCAAUUUGUUUGCUGUUGUUGUUUUAGGAGAAUUCAGAGGAUGGGUGCAUGUUAGGAACAAAAUUCAUACAAAGAUAGCUGAUACUUUAUUUUUGGUUCUGUAUAUAGCAACUUUAACUUCAAUGUUUGUGGUCACUGCGUCUUCUACAUUAAAACAUUCACUUCCUCCAAUCACAGCAUUCGUAACGAUGAUCGAACAGGUGAGAAUAUUCAUGAAAAUCUAUUCUUUCGUAAGAGAAAGCACUCCACGAGUUCUGAAGUACAAGCCCACUAAAGAUGGAGACCAAAGCGCUCAAUUAUAUCCAUCCCUAAGUCAUUAUUUAUACUACCUCUUUGCACCCGUAAUGAUUUACAGGGACUCAUAUCCAAGGCGGAAAGACACAGACUGGAUGUUUGUUUUUCAAACACUUUUCAAGUUCUUUGCCUGCAUAUUUAUUGCCUACUGUGCAUUUAUGAGGUUUAUAGUCGAUAUAUUCCAAUAUACGGCCUUGCGUCAAUUCAGUUUGGCAGAAUGUGCCUUGAUUUUUGCAGGAGCAACUUUUGUUGGAGCCACAAUGAUGUUUUUAGUGUUUUAUUGCGUACUCCACAGUUGGCUGAACUUCUUUGCAGAAAUGAUCAAAUUUGGAGACAGAGAAUUUUAUCAAGAUUGGUGGAACAGUACUUCCUUCUCUCAGUAUUACAGAAAAUGGAACUUAGUCGUACAUGAUUGGUUAUACAAUUAUAUUUACGUAGAAACUCAAAAAUUGGGAUUUAAUAGGACUUUUUCAAUGAUUACUGUGUUCCUCGUGUCAGCUUUAGUUCAUGAGUAUAUCAUUGGCUUAGCAUUGGGAUUUUUCUAUCCUGUCCUGAUGGUUAUUUAUUCGACAGUAGGAGUUGUAAUCAUGUUUGUGACGCAAAGACGAACUGGUCAGAUGUGGAAUAUACUUAUGUGGGGUAUGCUGUUUUCUGGAUGGGGAGUUAUCGUCUGCCUAUAUGGAUCCGAGUGGUAUGCCAGAGUCAACUGUCCAGGCUCACAGGAUCCAGUGGAGGACUUUUUCAGGCCAAGAUCUUGGAACAAAUCAUGUCGUAUAAUCAAGUUUUAAUGUUUACAUUCCUGUCAUUUUUUUAAUUACAUAUCAUGUGAGAGAGACAUUUUUAAUAAAUUUAUUUUCAUUUUA